GCAGAGACCUGCAGUCUGCAAUCUGUCAGCGUCUAUCAGCAUCCAGCUAUGCAGCCACCACCCAGAAAGGUAAAGGAGAGCCAGCAGGUGAAACUGGUCUUCUCAGAGCAGCUCAGCAGAUUGCAGAGCAAGCAGCAGCAGGACAUCGAGCUGCUGGAGGAGAUCAGGAGCUUCAGUAAGCAUCGAGCAGCUAUAGAGAAGGAGUACGGCCAGGCUCUGCAGAGGUUAGCUGUCCAGUACCAGAAAAGAGACUGGCAAAGAGGAAACACAGAGGCCAUCACUUCUGGGAGUGUGUUUGGUGUGUGGCGGUCAGUGGUGGAUGCCACAGCUCAGUCUGCAACAUCACGACUAGCCGCCACAGAGGAAUACCGCCGACUGAUUGGACAAGUCUCCAGAAGUCUUCACAACGCAAAGGACAUCCGAGCUAAGAGAGGCCUGGAGCGACUCCAGAGGGUGCAGGGGGAAGUGGUGGAUGCUCUGCGGGAGCUGCACACGACCAAGAAGAGCUACCACCAACUCAGUCACAUCGCCAAUGUUGCCAGAGAGAAGGCUGCUGAGGCACAGACCAGAGCCAGAAAGAGUGAACAUGGGAUUUUCCACUUUAAGACAGGUCUACAUAAAAUGGCCGCUAAGCUCAGCGCCAGAUUAAAAGAGUGUGAUGACCGUUUGACUGAAGUUCGUAAUGAGUAUCUGCUGGCGUUGUCAGCAGUCAACGGCCAUCAACGACACUACUACACUAACGACUUACCACAUAUUAUGGAGCAAAUGGACGGUGAUAUUUAUGAUGAUUUGAGAAGCCAUUUCACCCUGCUGUGUGGGACAGAGAUGGAUGCCUGUCUGACCACACACACACAGUACAGCACGAUAUGGGAGAGUGUGGCUAAGGUGACCAGAGAAAGAAAUGCUCUGCAGUUUCUUCAAGAAUCUGUCUCAUUCAGCAAACCCCCUGAGUUCACCUUCCAGCCUGCUCCACGUGACAAGGUGUCUGCUCUCCAGGAGGUGCGUGCUUCAGAACCAGAGGGCUGUCUGGUUAAGGAGGCCAAGAAAUGGGCUACAAAAGCUGCUAAAGACCACAAGAUCAUCACCCAUGGAGAGAGGGCUCUCCAGAUGUUGGAGAGUCGGUUGAAGCUCUUAUCGGGGGAGACGGGGCUCAGUGUGGAGCAGAAGAUAGCAGAGGUGCAGGACACUGUCAGGAAAGCCAAGCUCAGCAGGGUCAAGGCAGAAGCCCGCCUGGCUCUGUUGUCAGAAAGUGUCACAGGAAUUGAACUGUGGCUUCACAAUGCCAUGGACCAGGCAGAGGAGGAGCUAGAGAGAGAGAGGCGCCUCAGUGAACAGAGGAAGUCUACUGAGGACUAUUCAGAGGAUGAGUUUGAGCUGACUGACUUUGAGGACUACGAUGAUGAGAACGGAGACAUCUUUUCAGAUCCAGUGUCAGCAUCUGGAGUGUGUAUUUACCCUGCAGCAUGCAGAGUUAUCUACAGCUUUCAGGCUAGCCAGUCAGAUGAGCUGUCAAUCAUGGAAGGGGAGGAGCUUCAAGUGAUUGAGGAUGGAGACAUGGAGGACUGGCUGAAGGUGUGUAACUCGUGUGGCCAGGUGGGCUAUGUUCCUGAGCGUUAUGUGCAGUUUCUGUGUCUACCAGCAGAGGAUGUCACUCAGCUCGACACUUCUUUCAGCUCCACCUCGUCUAAUGAGAAUAAAGACAGGGAAGGGAGCAGAGUGUCAGGUGUAGCCAGAGCUCUGUAUUCCUACCAGGCCCAGAGUGCAGAAGAGCUUUCCUUCCAGGAGGGGGCCCUCAUUCAGCUGAUCCGCUGUCGACAUGCAGAGGUGGACGAUGGGUUUUGGGAGGGAGAGUUGAAUGGACGGAUCGGUGUCUUCCCCUCGUUGGUUGUAGAGCUGGUCCAUGAUGAAGUGGUGGAGAAGGAGAAGGAGCCUCACCCCACCCCAAGUAUGCCUCCCAUAUCUUCCUCCAGCCCAAUCUCUUCCAACUCUGGCUGUAGUGCAGCACGCAGUGCUACCCCUUCCAGUGGUGUAGAUGAUAGACAGCAGCUCUGUCCUCCGAGGCUCACAGACAACACAAAAGAGACUGCAGGCAGCAGCCACAAUUCUCCAGACGUCUCCAGCAGCCGACUAAGACCAUGUCGAGCGCCUCCUCCUCCUCCUCCUCCAACACAGAAGCCUUCCCCUCAGCCUUGAGACAAAGUCUGGACUCCCCGCCAAUGCUCACAACAUUACACCAUGUGGAAGGAUUGGUCAAUGUAGUUGUAAGGUGACUUGAACUUACAGGAGAGAGUAUAAUUAAGCAGUAUCACACAAGGGAUGCGUUACAGCAGGCCAGUUACUUAGUUUCAUGUACAUAUAUUUCUAUGUAUAUCUAGAUAUCACGUACAUGUAGCUCUGUGUUUUAUUGUACCUGUGUUGUGUGCAUUACUUGGAAAUGUAUGCAGGGUCCAAAAUUAGCACCAUCUACCAGCCAAUUUCUGGAAAAAAUGCAUGUGGCUGGUAGAUUUGCUUCACUCACCAGCCAAAAAAAACAAUGGCAACCAAUUGAGUGGCUGGUAGAAUUUCAACAUUCACUAGCCCUUUUGGCUUUUGGAC